AUGAAUCCCUCUAUUCCACCUUCGACCGCAGAAUACGGCGGAGAUGAGGUGUCGGCCAUUGUGUUAGAUCCUGGCUUCUCGACAACGCGCGCUGGCUUUGCCGGCGAAGACACGCCCAAAUCCGUUGUCCCAACUUAUUACGGAAAAUACCCCGGUGACUCAGAAAAAUACAUUUUUGGAGAUGAUAUUUUCGUAAUCCCGCGACCGGGCGUUUCGGUUCACAACCCGUUCAACAGGGAUGGCGUGGUGGAAGAUUGGGAAACGUCCCAGAAACUCUGGGAAUACUCGUUCAAGUCUCGAUUGACGGGUGCCAAACCGGGGAAUCCCAUGUACAAUGGCCUCAACGAUGCACCCGAGGGCGAAAUUUCAGCUGAGAUGGAAGGAGUCGAGACGGAAGAAAAGCCUCUGGCGGAUAGUCCUCUCUUAAUGACGGAAAGCGGCUGGAAUCCCAUAAAGGCACGAGAAAAGACUAUUGAGAUUGCCAUGGAGAACUGGGGAACACCGGCAUUCUAUCUCGCGAAGAACGGUGUACUUGCAGCUUUUGCGGCUGGUAAAGCCUCCGCGCUAGUGAUUGAUAUCGGUGCUUCAAACAUUUCAAUAACGCCUGUUCAUGAUGGAAUGGUGCUCAAACGUGGUGUCCAACACUCCCCUCUCGGCGGUGACUAUAUUUCGGCUCAGAUUCGAGCACUGUUCAAAUCCAACUCCCCUCAGCCAAUUACUAUCACUCCGCAUUACCUGAUUUCAUCCAAAACCGCAGUUGAAGCUGGACAGCCAGCUCAAGCGACUUACAAAACUUUCCCAGCAGACAAGGCCCCAGACGCCUCGUACAGGAAGCUACUAGAAGACCGAACUCUGACCGAGUUCAAGGAAUGCGUCGUGCAGGUGUGGCCUGGCCCGAACAAACUCUCAUCCAUCGGCCCCAACGGCAUCUCAAAUGAAGAUAUGGCCCGAGGCACCCCUGGCCGACCAUUCGAGUUCCCCGAUGGAUACAAUCAAACCUUUGGUGCAGAGCGGUAUCGCGUCACCGAGUCCCUCUUCGACGCAAAGGCAUACAUCCAAGACCCCGACUCCGAGUUCCCAGCACCCACCCCAGCGCAAACAAUCCCAGAGCUUAUCAAGAAUUCCCUCAACGGAGUCGAUGUCGAUAUCAGACCGCAUCUAUUACAGAAUGUGGUCGUCACCGGCGCAUCCAGCCUUCUGUACGGCUUCAAUGACCGGCUCAAUCAAGAACUGAUGCAAAUGUUCCCAAGCCCGCGAGUCCGCAUAUCGGCUCCUGGAAACACCGCCGAGAGACGCUUUGGCUCCUGGAUUGGCGGAAGUAUCCUGGCUAGCUUGGGCACGUUUCACCAAAUGUGGAUUUCGAAGAAGGAGUACGAUGAGCAUGGUCCUAACAUUGUUGAGAAGCGGUGCAGAUGA